GAAAUAUCUCUGUUACAUCCAGAGAAAAGUAUAUACUGAUGAUGUCGACCACAAAUUUAACAGUAUUUGAAAGGCAAAGAAAAACAUUUGAAGACCUAAUUUGCUCGCCAUCAUUGGCAGGUGAAUUAAAACAACAGUCCAUUUCAUUCUCAGCAAUCAACAUUCUAUUCUCCAUCACAGCAAUUCUCGGGAAUUCUCUUAUCCUUGUUGCCCUUUACAAGGAAUCUUCCCUCCAUCCGCCAUCCAAACUCUUGUACUGUUGUUUGGCAACAACCGAUCUGUUGGUUGGUCUUGUUACCCAGCCCCUCUGUGCUACUUAUUGGAUGUCUUUGGUUCACGAACACUGGAGUCUUUGUCGAUACGCAAGGGACGCAAUCUACAUAUCAGGCUAUGCAUUAUGCGGAGUGUCUUUGUUGACUCUGACGGCCAUAAGCGUAGACCGACUUCUCGCCAUGUCGUUGAGAUACAAAGAGAUUAUAACUUUAAGGCGCACGUAUAUCAUUUUAGCUAUAUUUUGGGUUGUGUGUCUAGUCGCUGGUUUAUUCUCUCUUUUCGAUUACCAUAUAACCUUUUGGUGCGGCUUUAUAGUUAUAUCAUCUUGCCUGAUUAUCUCCAUCGCCUCGUACACAAAAAUUUUCCACGCUAUCAGUCAUCAUCAAGCUCAAGUACAAGAUCAUGCUCAACAACAGCCGAGCCAACCAAAUGCACUGAACAUGGCGCGAUACAGAAAGGCAGUGUACAAUGCGCUGUGGGUGCAGUUAGCUCUAGUUGUCUGUUAUGUACCACAAUUUACACUGAAAAUUGCGAUGUCUCUUAGUAAAGAACGAUUUCCGAAUUUCAUUAUAAUCAGCGAAAUGGCAACUUUCUUUGUGUUAUUUAACUCUACUUUAAACCCGUUCCUUUACUGCUGGAAGAUAAGUGAAGUGAGACGAGCGGUAAAGCAGACAAUCAGACAAGUAAUCUGCUAUGCAUAG